AUGGCGGGGGGCCGCCGGGGACUUGUGGCCCCUCAGAAUACUUUUUUGGAGAAUAUCGUGAGACGGUCGAACGAUACCAACUUUGUGCUGGGAAAUGCUCAGAUCGUGGACUGGCCCAUUGUCUACAGCAAUGAUGGUUUCUGCAAGCUGUCUGGGUACCACAGGGCCGAGGUGAUGCAGAAGAGCAGCACCUGCAGCUUCAUGUACGGGGAGCUCACAGACAAGGACACGACGGAGAAAGUGCGACUAACGUUUGAGAAUUAUGAGAUGAACUCGUUUGAAAUACUGAUGUACAAGAAGAACAGGACGCCUGUUUGGUUCUUUGUGAAGAUUGCGCCAAUUCGAAACGAGCAGGAGAAGGUGGUCCUGUUUCUGUGCACGUUCAGCGAUAUAACGGCCUUCAAACAGCCCAUCGAAGACGAUUCCUCUAAAGGCUGGGGGAAGUUUGCCCGACUGACUCGAGCUCUAACGAGCAGCAGAGGAGUGUUACAGCAGCUGCAGCCCACGGUCCACCAAGGAGAGAAUGUGCACAAGCACUCCCGCUUAGCCGAGGUUCUGCAGCUCGGCUCGGAUCUCCUCCCUCAGUACAAGCAGGAGACGCCCAAAACCCCCCCUCACAUCAUCCUGCACUACUGCCUCUUCAAGACCACGUGGGACUGGGUCAUCCUCAUCCUCACCUUCUACACGGCCAUCAUGGUGCCCUACAACGUCUCCUUCAAGACCAAGCAGAACAACGUGACCUGGCUGGUGGUGGACAGCAUCGUGGACGUCAUCUUCCUGGUGGACAUCGUUCUGAACUUCCACACCACGUUCGUGGGGCCCGCCGGCGAGGUCAUCUCCGACCCCAAGCUGAUCCGAAUGAACUACCUGAAGACCUGGUUUGUCAUCGACCUGCUGUCGUGUCUGCCCUACGACGUCAUCAACGCCUUUGAGAACGUGGACGAGGGCAUCAGCAGUUUGUUCAGCUCGCUGAAGGUGGUCCGGCUCCUCCGUCUGGGGCGGGUCGCCCGGAAACUGGAUCACUACAUCGAGUACGGGGCGGCCGUGCUGGUCCUGCUGGUGUGUGUCUUCGGACUGGCUGCCCAUUGGCUCGCCUGCAUCUGGUACAGCAUCGGCGACUACGAGAUCAUCGAUGAAGAGACCAACAUCGUGCGGGAGGACAGCUGGCUCUACAUCCUGGCCGAGUCGGCGGGCUCGCCCUACCGCUACAACGCCAGCGGCUCAGGGAAGUGGGAGGGCGGGCCCAACAAGGACUCGGUCUACAUCACCUCCCUGUACUUCACCAUGACCAGCCUGACCAGCAUCGGCUUCGGAAACAUCGCCCCCACCACGGACGGGGAGAAGAUCUUCGCCGUGGCCAUGAUGAUGAUCGGAUCCCUGCUUUACGCCACCAUCUUUGGUAACGUGACCACAAUCUUCCAGCAGAUGUACGCCAACACGAACCGAUACCACGAGAUGAUCAACAGUGUCCGGGACUUCCUGAAGCUCUACCAGGUCCCCAAAGGCCUGAGCGAGAGGGUCAUGGACUACAUCGCCUCCACCUGGUCCAUGUCCCGGGGCAUCGACACCGAAAAGGUGUUGCAGAUUUGCCCGAAGGACAUGAGAGCCGAUAUUUGUGUUCAUCUCAACCGGAAGGUUUUCAAAGAGCACCCGGCUUUCCGGCUGGCCAGUGACGGCUGCCUCAGAGCUCUGGCCAUGGAGUUUCAAACCAUCCACUGUGCUCCCGGAGACCUCAUCUACCACGGUGGAGAGAGCGUGGACAGCCUCUGCUUCGUGGUGUCCGGUUCUCUGGAGGUCAUUCAGGAUGAUGAGGUGGUGGCCAUCUUAGGUAAAGGUGAUGUGUUCGGGGAUGUUUUCUGGAAGGAGGUGACUCUGGCCCAAGCCUGCGCCAACGUGCGAGCGCUGACCUACUGUGACCUCCACGUCAUCAAGCGCGACGCCCUGCAGAAGGUGCUGGAGUUCUACACGGCCUUCUCCAACCACUUCUCCAGAAAUCUGCUGCUCACUUAUAACCUGCGAAAAAGGAUCGUCUUCCGAAAGAUCAGUGAUGUGAAACGUGAGGAAGAGGAGCGGCAGAGGCGUAAAAAUGAAGCCCCUCUGAACCUGCCGCCGGACCACCCGGUACGAAAACUCUUCCAGCGCUUCCGACAGCAGAAGGAGGCUCGUUCCACGCCGGACAAACCGCAGCCAGAGGAUCACGACAUCGAAAAGGGCCCCUUGUACGUGGACGUCCCGUUGGCCAAGACAGCCCUUCCCACAAGCAGCAUCGUCACGGUAACAGAGAGCCCAGCAACGCCCUCAUCUUCAACACCUUCAUCUUCAACACCCUCCAAAUGUCCCCUGUCAGACAAGGUGAAGCUACAGGUGCCGUCUCCCGUCUCUCUGGUCGGAGGCCGGCCUGCUGAACCAGUUAAAGCCAAAGGGUGGGGUCGUUUCAAGGAGUCCAUGGCCAAACCCGACAACUGGAACAAAGUGUCUAAAGCCGAAUCCAUGGAGGUUCUGCCCGAACGGACAAAAGUGCACGAGUCACAGACGUCUCUAAAGAAGACAGACUCAUGUGACAGCGGUAUCACCAAAAGCGACCUGCGGCUGGACAAAGUGGGCGAGUUCCGCCUGACGCCGCAGGAGCGCAGUCCCGUGCUGCCUCCGGAGACCCGGCACGCCUUCUAUCCCAUCCAGGAGCAAACGCUCCAGGCCUCGCUGCAGGAGCUGAAGCUGGAGCUGAAGGAAGACCUCUCGAGCCUGAACGUUCGGAUGUCCGGGCUGGAGGUGCAGCUGACAGAAGCCCUUCAGCUCCUCAAAGCCAGGCAGUCGAGAGCCGGCUCCCCGCAGCAUCUCUUUGACAUCUCCAGACCUGGUUCGCCGGAACUGGGCAAAGAGGAUAUCUUCUCCUGA